AUGGAGAAAAUCCGGCAUACCAAUAUCGAAGCUAACGGCGUUAACAUCCACGUUGCCGAGAUCGGCGACGGCCCCGCCGUCCUCCUCCUCCACGGCUUUCCGGAGCUCUGGUACUCGUGGCGCCACCAGAUGCUCUUCCUCUCCUCCAGGGGCUACCGCGCUAUCGCCCCCGACCUCCGCGGCUUCGGUGACUCCGACGCGCCUCCCUCCCCCGCCAGCUACACUGUUUUCCACAUAAUCGGAGAUUUGGUCGCCGUCCUGGACUCCCUAGGGCUCGACAAAGUUUUUCUCGUCGGUCACGAUUGGGGAGCGGUUAUGGCUUGGCAUUUCUGCUUGCUCCGCCCCGAUCGAAUUAGGGCUUUGGUCAAUACCAGCGUUGUUUUCCAGCCGAGGAAUCCGCGGCGGAAGCCCCUAGAAACUAUGAGAGCUCUUCUCGGCGACGAUUACUACAUCUGCAGAUUUCAGGAACCUGGGGAGGCCGAGGAAGAGUUUUCUCGCGUUGACACUGGAAGAUUGAUCAAGAAAUUUUUAAUAUCAAGGAAUCCGGCUCCUCUUCGCGUUCCUAAAACAGUUGGCUUUGGGGGAUCGCCUGAUAAACCAAUCACAAUGCCAUCUUGGUUGUCAGAAGAGGAUGUCUCGUACUAUGCUAGCAAAUAUGACCACAAAGGCUUCACGGGUGGAUUGAACUACUAUCGAGCUAUGGACCUGAAUUGGGAGGUCAUGGCUCCAUGGACAGGAGUGCAGAUAAAGGUGCCAGUAAAGUUCAUUGUUGGAGAUCUCGACCUAACUUAUAAUACCCUAGGUGUGAAGGAAUAUAUACACAGCGGAGGCUUCAAGAAACACGUUCCGUAUUUGCAAGAAUUGGUCAUCAUGGAAGGAGUGGCUCACUUUCUUAAUGAAGAGAAACCGGAGGAGAUCAGUCAGCACAUCUACGACUUCAUACAGAGGUUUUGACAUGUUUCCCAAUUUUAGGUAAAUCUGUUUUAAAUUUUUUUUCAUCCCAGUUAUGAAUCAGAUAUUGUUUGUAUAUUCUUAUAAAGUUGUUCUUGUUGGUGCUGAAGCUCACUGAUAUAGGUAGAAGGUAAGACACUGUUGUUUAGCCUUUUUUUCCAUAUAUAUUAUAUACAUAUAGGUAUAUGAGUUUGAUUUGUUAACUAUAGAUCGCAUCGCAUGUUUAGUCUUGUAUACAGAGGUUGGAGAAUUAGUAGCUAAAAAGGUUUCUAAAUUGCAUUAUCCUACUUCUUUUGGCCUUGGUUUUACUUAUUUAUGGAGCAGAAUAAAAAAUUCAGGAUUAUACAUUUAAACUGACGAGUCUGAUGUGCUUUUUUAUUAAUAGUGUUGGCCUUUUGCGAAGAUUUCAUUAGAAACUUUUUGGAAUUGUGGGAUUUUCGCUGGGAAUCUCCCAUGUAUUUCUUGCCAAAAAUGCAAAACUUAGGACAAGAAGAGAUCGAAGUUGUGGAUUUAUUAUGCCAUUACUCUUCAAAAAUGUGCUAAAGACUGCUUCUUACCUUUGUUUCUGUUUUCUGUUGCUCAACUGGUGUAAUUGCAUUUCGAAUCAACAGUUCUAUUAGACAAUAUGUAUCAAUAAUGAUCUAUCCAGCUGAUUAACUAUUUUACUUA